AUGGGUUCAGCCAAAUCACCGUUUCUCGCGGACACUGCAGUUAACAAUUUUCUAUUAAAAAACUGUAAUUUUGAAAAAUAUCCUUAUAUCGGGUUAGCAGGAUAUGUGGACGACAUCUUGUUAAUUUCAGAAUUAGAUAAGGCACAAACCGAGCAAUUAGUUAAGGGAUUGAAUAGUAAGAAUGACCUACAAUUUACAUUUGAAUAUGAAAAAGAACAUAAAAUACCUUUUCUAGACGUACUUAUUUGGAUAAAUGAAAAAAGUGAUGAAAUAGGUACGAGUUGGUAUAGAAAAGAAACAGCAAGUACACGAUUAUUAGAUUUUAACUCUGACCAUACUGAUGAACCAGUACAAGAAAAUCAGUCGUGUACAAAUUCACCCGUUCGGAUGCAAUUUAAUUCAAAACAAGUGAAUGACGGUGAUAUUCCUACGAAAGCAGAUUCUGGAACAAUACUGGAACAAUUAGUUCAUAUGAUACAUAAAUCAUUGAUGACACAUCAUAAUGAACAGCACACGAGUACAGAGAUAGUUACUCAACAGCAACGAACUGAUGAAGUAACAGUGGUUAGAAGCGAAAAAGAAGCAAAAAAUUUCAAUAUUGAAGAAUAUAAUGUUGAUAAACACAAUAAAGUUUCACUGAAACCAUUAAUGAAUGUGACAGACAGUUCAAUGACGAUGGUUGAUCAACAAUAUCAUGUAACAACAUUGGCGCCUGUUGAUGAAGAGCGAAUAACAGUUGUAAGAAAAAAAUAG